GCCUGCUGCUUGGCGGUCGGGGCUCUCCGCCUCCCUCCACCUGUACGAGGCUGGGCCGAAGGAGCCUGUGCUCAGCCCCCACACCCCCAUCCCCGUGCUUGGGCUUGGGCUUCGUCGCGGGUCUCCGUGCGGACAUUCAGGCGGGGGGUCGGGAGGCCCGGCGCGCACCCAGCGCGCACCCAGCGCGCGCGGGGGGAGCCCGGGAGAGGGCAUCGGCUCUAACGGCGGGGUCCCAGGGGGCCGCCCGCCGCCUGCACGCGUUUUUAGGCCCAGGGAAGCCUGCCUGCCGCGUAGGGGAAGCCAGACUCGGGGCGCGCGGCAGGCGAUCAGGCUAAGAAAUGGCAUUUCAAAAGGCAGUAAAAGGGACUGUUCUUGUUGGAGGAGGUGCUCUUGCAACUGUCCUAGGCCUCUCUCAAUUUGCUCAUUACCGAAGGAAGCAAGUGAACCUGGCCUAUGUUGAAGCAAAAGAGUAUGUUUCAGAACCAGUUAACAGAGAGCCUCCUUCCAGAGAAGCUCAGAUACUGACUUUGCGAAACAUGUCUGAAUUCGAUAUUCUUGUGAUUGGAGGAGGAGCAACAGGGUGCGGCUGUGCCCUAGAUGCGGUCACCAGAGGACUAAAAACAGCCCUUGUAGAAAGAGAUGAUUUCUCAUCAGGGACCAGCAGUAGAAGCACUAAAUUGAUCCAUGGUGGUGUGAGAUAUCUUCAGAAAGCUAUCAUGAAGUUGGAUAUCGAGCAGUAUAGGAUGGUAAAGGAAGCCCUUCACGAGCGUGCCAACCUGCUAGAAAUUGCUCCCCAUUUAUCAUCUCCAUUGCCUAUAAUGCUUCCAAUUUACAGGUGGUGGCAGUUACCUUACUACUGGGCAGGAAUCAAGCUAUAUGAUCUGGUUGCCGGAAGUAAUUGCCUGAAAAGCAGUUAUGUCCUUAGCAAAUCAAGAGCCCUUGAACAUUUCCCAAUGCUGCAGAAGGACAAACUGGUGGGAGCAAUUGUCUACUAUGAUGGACAGCACAACGACGCCCGGAUGAACCUUGCCAUUGCUCUCACUGCUGCCAGGUACGGGGCUGCCACGGCCAAUUACCUGGAGGUAGUCCGCUUGCUCAAGAAGACAGACCCCCAAACAGGGAAGGAGCUUGUGUGCGGUGCCCGGUGCAAGGAUGCACUCACAGGGCAGGAAUUUGAUGUGAGAGCCAAAUGUGUCGUCAAUGCGACGGGGCCUUUCACAGACACUGUGCGCAAAAUGGAUGAUAAGGACGCCACGGCUAUCUGCCAGCCGAGUGCUGGGGUCCACAUCGUGAUGCCUGGUUAUUACAGCCCAGAGAGCAUGGGACUUCUUGACCCAGCGACCAGUGAUGGGCGAGUAAUUUUCUUCUUACCCUGGCAAAAGAUGACUAUAGCUGGCACUACUGACACCCCAACUGAUGUUACACACCAUCCUAUUCCUUCGGAAGAAGAUAUCAACUUUAUUUUGAAUGAAGUGCGUAACUACCUGAGUUGUGAUGUUGAAGUGAGAAGAGGGGAUGUCCUGGCAGCAUGGAGUGGUAUCCGUCCCCUUGUUACAGACCCCAAGUCUGCAGAUACUCAGUCUAUCUCGCGAAAUCAUAUUGUGGAUAUCAGUGAGAGUGGCCUCAUCACUAUAGCAGGUGGAAAGUGGACAACUUAUCGAUCUAUGGCCGAAGAUACCAUCAAUGCCGCUAUCAAGACUCACAGUUUGAAAGCAGGACCGAGUAGAACAGUUGGGCUUUUCCUUCAAGGGGGCAAAGACUGGAGCCCCACACUAUAUAUUAGGCUUGUCCAGGAUUAUGGACUGGAGAGUGAGGUGGCACAGCAUCUUGCCACCACUUAUGGCGACAAGGCUUUUGAGGUGGCCAAAAUGGCAAGUGUGACUGGAAAAAGGUGGCCCAUUGUCGGAGUGCGUCUUGUGUCGGAAUUUCCAUACAUCGAAGCAGAGGUGAAAUACGGGAUUAAAGAAUAUGCCUGCACUGCGGUGGACAUGAUUUCACGGCGCACUCGCUUGGCCUUUCUAAAUGUCCAGGCAGCCGAGGAAGCCCUGCCCAGGAUUGUUGAACUGAUGGGCAGAGAACUGCAUUGGGAUGAUCGUAAAAAAGAGGAAGAACUUGAAACAGCCAGGAAGUUUCUGUAUUAUGAAAUGGGCUAUAAAUGUCGAUCAGAACAGUUAACCGAUCGCUCUGAAAUUUGCCUACUCCCUUCAGACGUUGACAGGUACAAGAAGAGAUUUCAUAAGUUUGAUGAAGACCAAAAGGGUUUUAUUACCAUCGUUGAUGUUCAGCGUGUAUUAGAGAGUAUUGGUGUCCAAAUGGAUGAAAACACACUACAUGAAAUUCUGAAUGAAGUAGAUUUAAACAAAAAUGGGCAGGUUGAACUCAAUGAAUUUUUGCAGCUGAUGAGUGCUAUUCAAAAAGGAAGGGUGUCUGGAAGCCGGCUUGCUAUACUAAUGAAAACUGCAGAAGAGAACCUUGACCGGAGAGUGCCCAUCCCGGUGGACCGAAGUUGUGGAGGAUUGUGAGUCUGCGCCGUAAAUGCACAGCCAGCAAACGCAGGAACAACAGAUCAUCCUGUAACCAUCAGAGAUGACUUACACACUCCAAGACAGUGGAUAUGGAUAGCUGCCUUUCUUAACACUGGGAACAUUCCGAAGCUUUAAGAUGUUGAUGUAUUCCCUUUAUUUGCAUUUGCCAUUCAACCUAACUUUCAAAGAGCAUAUUUUUAAUCUUUUUUUUCUAAUUGUCCAUGCACACUGAUUUGUUUUGCAUUCAUUUGGUGACCUGUCAACUGGACCUGCUCCCUUUUUGCUUUUUUAUUCAUUUAUUCUAGGUCAGUUCUAGAAACAAAAUAUUUUGGCAGAAACUGAAAAAAGGAGCUGGAAACAUUUUGUAACAUGCACAAAGCUCUGGGCAUUAAGUUUGUAGAUAGUAUUUGUUCUUAAAAGAAACUGAGCAGAGAGUGACCUGUUGAAAGGAUAAUGUUUCCGGAGACUUCUCAGUCCCUUCUUCCUCCAGCUUGUCUGCCUUCCUCAUGCAAACCAUCCUGCACCCUUUUCUGUCUAGAGCAUGACUGGCCAAGCUAGAAAGAGAAGAAAAAGUUUAGAUCUGGUUGCAGGAGCAAAUCUCAAGGAGAAAGUCUGAAAGCUUCCAGAAUCACAGGUGUAAGAUAAGGAUAGUGUUGACAUUUGAGGGAAGUUACCAUGAUAGUUUCAUCUCAGCAAUUCAUUUUUUUCCACCCAGUCACUGCUGGUUUUUCUUUGACUAUUAUAGUUGCCAGGAAGAUCCUUGCUUCUCUCAUUUUAAAACCAGCAUUUAAGUGGCAAGUGGGAUGUAAUGGGAUGUGACUAAAUUUCUCAAAUCUCUAGUAGUAAUGAAUUAAAAACCUGUGUUUAUAUAUCCACAUAUGACAGCACAAUUUUCUAUCCCCAAAUCCUAAGUCUUAGAGCAUGUGAUAUAUUGUCAAAUAUGGCCCAUUUUGCUUAGUUUAUUGCAUCAUUUUUGAGGGGGUAUUUUUAAACAGAUAGUAAAAGAGGAUAGAAAUAGCCUUUAGCUAACAUCAGUUACAGUUAAUUGUAAAAAGGCACAACAUUGGGAUAUUCAAGGUCACUGUGGUUGCAUAAACCCUUUACUCUUCUGUACUUAAUGGAAAAGUUCUCAAACAACCAAAAAGGAAAAGAAAAAAAUAAAACCACACCCACACAACACACACCCACACAAUACCCCCAUACACACACAUACACACAAAAAUAACAAAAAACAAAAAUCAGUCUGCACUGAAUUUAACUAAUAAUGCAUUGAAUUUAAAGGGCCAAUUUGGUAUGCUUUUGCAAUAUUUUAGUAUCAUUUUAACCAGUCAUCUGAGUAUUUAUUCAUUGUGCUUCCUCUUGUUAAAAAAAAAAAAAGCGUACUUUUUUAUUUAAGAUCAGGUUGUGUUGUGUAUGUACCUAAUAGGAAAUGUAACCCUUUAUUUAAUGGGAAGUUUACUUGCACAGACUUGAUGUCUUAGUUUUUUAAGCUGGUACACAGAACACUUCUGUGCUGUUAUUUCUGUCAACACUGUAGAAUUAUCUGUAUGCCUCAGUCACAUGGGGUAUGGGCCUGUAUGUCAUAAUAUAGACACUGGAGGUUCACUCACCUAGCUGCCACCCUCAGCCCUGAAAGAGUGAAGAUGCAUCUCAACCCAUGUUGUUUUUAAACGAAGUAUGGAUUGCCACUUCUUAAAGGGAAACCUAAAAUAGAGCUAGUGAUGCUCCCAGCCAUCACUGUGAACUUUCUUCUUUCAAGGUGUGAAUUUUUUACAUGGGCAUUUUUUAAGAAAAAAUAAUGGAAGCAUGUGGCUUUGUGAUUUAGUGUUUUUCUAUCAAGACAAUAAAUGCCUUUAUGGCUAGAAUGUUUAGACCCCAGUGAUUCUUAAUCAAUAGAAGAACUGUCCUUUAGACCACCACAGGUGAUGGACCGCAGUAGUACAUCUGUGCUCUCUCUCUCUCUCUCUCUUUCUAGUUAGAUCAACAGUAAUGAUGACUGUGUCCUCCCUGAGUCCAUUAUAGUAUGGAUGAGGUUUCUAACCUGACUGGCCUGGGCAGAGCUGUGUCUGUAAAACAGGCCUUGUUUGUGCACACUUGGCUACAAGUGAAAUUCCUUUAAGGACAAAAGCACACCUUUCUUCUUUUGAGCAUAUCUGCUUUUGCUUAACAUCUACUGACUCUAAAACAUGCACUCCUUCACCAAUCCCAGAGUCCUGGAAAUGAGCUGGUUCCAAGUCUUUAACUGUGAAUAAACCCCUCCUGCAUUUUUGCCUAAAUUCUUAAUUAAACCUACACAGCUUCUUUACCUGAUUUCAGGAAAGGAGGACAGAAAUUGGGGAAUGAGUCCCUUCAAAGCCUAUUCCAAGUGGAAAAGAAUUGUUUUUUCUUUUUGUAUAAACGUGAUAGUAGAUGAUUCUGUUGGGAUGGGGGUGGAGUGUGCAGACAUUGUCUUUCACCAUCAAGUGAUUUAUUUCAAGAGCCUUGAAGGGGAUUCAGGUGAAGGAACCCCCAUCUGUGGUGGAGAACCGGAUGCUCCUUUAAGUAGCCCAUACUACAAUCCUAACAAUGGUGAGAAUGCUGGAUUAUUUGUUAAGCCAAGGUUGUCUGCCUCAGAUCCAUAAUGCUGUUUGCAAUAUUCUUGCUUUCAAUCAAUUUAUAUUGAGUGCAACUUUAGGACCUCUACUAGUAAAUGCACGUUCCCUAUUCUGCUUUAGUUUCUAGCUUUGCUUUGUCUUUUUCAAAAUAGGUGACUUAGUCUUUUGUACAAUAAUAAAAAUUUCAUCUGGCUUUCACUAAACAUACUUUAAGGAUGAUCAUUGACCUUAUUUCCUUUUUUAUGUAUUUGUAAUGAUUUUUGGCCUACGAAUGUAAUAGUACUGAAAUCAGUGACACUGUCACUUGCACUGUUUUGCAUUAUGUCAACCCCUUUUAGGGAGUUAAAAAGCCCUACUGUGUUUUUAAAGAAGGGCAAGUACAGGCCCAGUACUGGAAUGGAGAUGCACACUGUGUGUUUUCAUAUGUGGCACUUUUAUGUAUUAUGUUGGGUUAUUGUUCUAGAUUGGACUGUUAAAUACUAUGUUGGAGGCUGGGUUGUCAUUUUUAUAACUGUCUUGGUGUUUUAUCGCCAUUAUUUAUUACUUUUGAUACACAGAAUGAGCUGCAUGCAUUUAUAGAGCUAUAAGAGGAUGUAUUUAAUGUGCCUUGUUUUUAACUGAAUAAGAACUGAAAGCAUGAAUCAAUAAAACUGAUUAAGAUGGCC